AUGGCAUUUGGAUCGAUUAUCGGAAGCAUUGUGGGCAAGGUUGGCGAGUUUAUGUGGGGAAAGCGACCGGAAAAUCCGAAAGAGCGUCGAUUAUUACUCAAGAUAGACUGGUUUGUUCUUUCCUUUGUGUGUCUAAAUUAUUGGAUUAAUUAUCUUGACCGUUCAAACUAUGCAAAUGCUUAUGUUUCUGGGAUGAAGGAGGAUUUAAACAUGCAGGGCUUUGAAUUUAACACUGUUAACACAUGCUUUACAGUCGGAUAUACAAUUGGAAUGAUUCCUAAUAACAUAGCACUACUUAAAUUUGCUCCUAGGUACUGGCUGACAUUCUGCUCGUUUUCCUGGGGCCUUCUAACAUUGGGUCUGUAUAAGGUUACGAACUAUCGUCAACUUUGUAUCAUUCGUUUUUUUCAAGCACUAUUUGAAUCGUCUACGUUCAGUGGCACACAUUUUAUUUUGGGAAGUUGGUAUAAAGAAUGCGAAUUAACAAAACGGUCAGCCGUUUUCACGAGUUCAGGAUUAAUAGGUUCCAUGUUCUCUGGAUUUAUGCAAUCGGCAAUACAUAAUAGCCUCGAUGGGGCGAAUGGACUUGCUGGAUGGAGAUGGUUAUUCAUUAUUGAUUUCAUCAUUACCAUUCCGAUUUCGUUAUACGGUUUUAUUUGUUUCCCAGAUGUCCCUGUUCGAUGUAACACACUAUUCUUCACCCCAGAGGAACGGCAUCUUGCGAUUAGUAGGCUUCCACUAAAAGCAGCCACAAAGUUAGACGUGGGCGUUUUCAAAAGGGUUUUUGGAAGAUGGCACUGGUGGCUUUUUACACUUCUCUGGGCGAUCUCUGGAGAGAAUGAAGCUUUUGUCACGAACUCGCUAUUUGCACUUUGGCUACAGGCUGAAGGGUACAGUAUUUCCCAGAGAAACAACUAUCCGAUCGGUGUGUAUGCUAUUGGAAUCAUCUCCACCUUUUUCUCAUCGCUCUAUGUCGAUGCAACAGGAGCAAAAUAUCAUUGGCAUGUUGCUAUAUGGAUUACGACAGUAAUGUUUGUUUCAACUAUGCUAUUGUUGUUCAAACCAUUGACAAAAAGUUAUGUUUUUGCGGCACAUUAUCUCUCUGGUGUGUGCUCUCCGGGCAGUCUACCUUUUUUGCAUGGGUGA